GUUGUAAACAUGGAGGAGAGAGAAGCGUUGAAGAGGCAAAUUGAACUUCUUCAGAAUCUCAUCAAUAAACACAAGAGUGUCCAUGGUGAUGCACCGUUUGAAAGAGCUGAGCAGAGGCAUCUAGAACCUCCAACAUCAGCCAGAGGCAGAGGUCAUAGUGCAUCUGUCAUCCAUCCUCACAGCUCCAGAGGGAGACUUUAUGCUCCUCAGACCCGUGGAAGUUGGAGGAAAGCGUACUCUCUGAGAAACAAGAACCCUCAGUCUUCUUUUGGACAUCACUCAGCUUCAGCCUUCUCUGUGGAUCAGUCUAGUUCCCAGCCUAUAUCUCGCAGCAUCUCACUGCCCAGUCACAGCAGAGGAGAGGAGAGCCAUAGAACCAAAACUUCCGCUUUAUCGUCAAGGAUUGUUCAACAGAAGAAAGAGGAACAUGUAAGCAGCAUCACAGGGAUUAUAGAAGAUGCAACAAAGAAACGCAAAAGAGGUGAAGAGGCAGCUUUGUCUCAGUGUAAAGAUGGAAAAGGAAGUUCAAGCUCAACAGGCACUAGCUUGCAACAUGAAACGGGACACAGACAGACUCAAGAAUUUCAGCGCGAGACUGAAAGCAGGCGUGUUGUCCUUCCAGGGAAGAUGGUCAGUGGUUCUUCAGAAGUGCCAUCUUCACUCAAGACCAAUACCUUGACCAAGCAGAGAAGCUCCGAAGUACAGAUCAAACCUCCCCUGACCAGCAAAACCGAGUCUAAACUGACUCCAGCAAUUCCUACGACUGGCAAUACCGCAUUACCCCUCUCUGCUCAGUUUAAGAUAGCAAAACAACCUUCCCUUGACCUCACAUCUCAGACCAGACUGGCCCAGGUCAGUACAUCUUUUAUGAAAAAAUCCAAGUUCACUUGGGUGAAGAGCCAGAACGUGGGAGGAGUGGAGUCCAGACAAGGUAGCUCUAUUUCUUCAUUCACGGGAAAAGCUGUAACUGUUGCCCCAACGUCACUCUCAAAAGCUGGAGUUGCCAGUGGAAGCUCCCCCUCGCUCACAAUCAGUAAGAGAACCCCUGCCAAGAAGUUACCCCGAAAGCUUAGCCCAGUCACCGUCGCCCCGAAGACCUCCAAGUACAAAUGGGUCUCCUCUUCUGCUGGAGUCCAAGCCAAGGUGUCUCGUAAACCACUGUCACCCAAAGCCCUGACUCUUGCUCAGAGAGCUCUUGAAAAGGGAGAGGCCACCAAAAAACUCAGAGCACCCUCUACUCCCUCUGCUAAAAUAAAAAAGGCAACCAGCCCCUCACUUAGUAGCCGUUAUCGCUGGAAGGCUGGGGGACAGACUACGUCUGGAGCAGCGACAGCAGGGGCAGCAGUGGCUCGUCGUAGAUCUGCCUUCCACUGGACUUCUGAAAAAAGCAACAAAGGAGUGAAAGGAGGGCUUGUUGUUUCCCCAUCUCUACAUCAACGUGCCUCCCUCCCAUCCUCCUCCCUUGGUGGGUUCAAACUGCGCAGCAGGAUGAAGAUCAUCAGGAAGUCUGCUAACAGUGGGGGUGGGUCAGAGAGGGGGAGCAACCCAUCAGCGGUGAAGUACUCCCCACGGGGCCGAAUACUCACCUCGACCCGGACUCCUUUAGGACUCAGGAGGACAUCCUCCAGGGAGCUUGUUUCUUUUGGAAGACACAAAUUGAGGCGGCUCUCCCCAACCUUAUCAAGGACAGGUCCCACCUCUUCUCCCCACUAUAGCCCCGCCUCCCAGCGGGUGUUCAGGACACGCUACAAGAUGGUCACCCGCCCGGGCUCCAGCACCGCACACACCCUCCACUACAACCCCGCCCUGUCCUGGAGAGCCAAGAGGAUCCAGUCUGCCAGGAGUUUCCUUCAGAACCGUCUUCGAGCUCCCCACGACAGACACCCGUCAUCCACCCAGCACUGGAGGGGAGGAGGCAUGUGCUGGAUCGGUGGGUCCCUGUACCGGGUGUCAGCCAAUAAGCUGUCCCGCACUGUGGCGUCCAACAUGUCAAUCAGCCGAACAGGAAGGUCCUCCAGCCCCCACGUCUCACCCAUGAUUCCUGCUUGGAACCGACCCUCCAGCACUCGACACUUAGCCAGUCGUGCGGUUCAGCGGAGCCUCGCCAUAAUCAGACACGCUCGCCAGAAGAAGCAGCAGAAGCAGUACUGCAUGUACUACAACCGCUUCGGCAAGUGUAACCGCGGCAACAAUUGUCCCUACAUACAUGACCCAGACAAGGUGGCCGUCUGCACAAGGUUUCUGCGAGGGACGUGCAAGCAGGCGGACGGGACCUGCCCAUUCUCCCAUAAGGUGGCGAAGGAGAAGAUGCCGGUGUGCUCUUACUUCCUGAAGGGAAUCUGUAGCAACAGCGACUGUCCCUACAGUCACGUCUACGUGUCCCGCAAAGCUGAGGUGUGCGAAGACUUUGUGAAAGGCUACUGUCCCGAGGGAGAGAAGUGCAAGAAGAAACAUACUCUGGUGUGUCCAGACUUCUCUAAGACCGGCUCCUGCCCCCGAGGAACCCGCUGCAAGCUGCAGCACCGACAACAAGCCAAACGAAGCGGCAGCAACACCUCCACCACACCGGCCAAGAGAGGCCGAACCAAGGAGCCCUGCAAGAGACCUCGCCUGUCUGUUGUCAUGCCACACGGCCCUCAGGCAGCUCCAGGGACGCCCACCGCGGGUCCUCUGGAGCUGCCGUCCUUCAUCUCCCUCUCCAGCUCCCCAGAGGAGGCAGACGCACCGGACACGCUUCCAGCCGAGGCCUCACAGGUUAAAGAGAAGAAGCUGCAGAUCAAGCCUCGGCUGUGAGACGAUAGAGACCGGCAGCAGUUGGAGGUGAACGACACUUAUCAAAUGAUUUUUGAGCUUCAGGUUUGUCCUGACUGGUCUUUCUGUGUCCUUUCCCUUUGAAUUACUCAAUAAACUCAGGGCCUGAAAGUUUUAUCCUCUGCCCCUACAAGUCAGGUUUACAUAUCAGUUUGGAUGUUUACAUCUUUU